AUGGAGACAGGUGGGCCUGCAGGGGGCAGGGAGGGAGCUGGACGAGUGGCAGAGCUGAUGGCCUUUGCCAAAAUAGGCCCUGUGGACAAGCGGAGCUGGGCCCGGGAUGGGGCUGAUUCCUGCAGCUGUGAAGGGCGCCUCCAGAAGGCAGGCAUGGUGGGGUUGGGCAGGGUUCAGAUCUCGGACACCCCACCUCCAACCCAAGCUGGGGGCAGGAGUCUAGGAUCUGCCCUGGCUUUGCUGUGUGACUCCUGCCCCAGGUAUAAAGCCACCCAAGGGACGGGAGGACAGGCACCCUGGAAAGACCCAGAGACUGCAGAGAGGAAGGAAGCAGGAGAGAGCAUGAGCUAUCCGCUGGCCCCCCUCUGCCUGCUGACCCUGCUGCUGCCACCCCUCAGUCUGGCAGCCCCCAUCUCCCCAGCUGAGCCCAUCAGCCAAGCCUACAGCCUGGCCCUCUACAUGCAGAAGAAUACCUCAACGCUGCUGCAGAUUUACCUCCAGUACCAGGGCAGCCCCUUUAGUGACCCUGGCUUCUCAGCCCCUGAGCUCCAGCUGCGCAGCCUGCCUCCUGCCGCCAUCUCUUUCAAGACCUGGCAUGCCCUGGAUGAUCGGGAGCGGCUAGGCCGUGCCCAGGGGGCCUUCCUCGCCUUGACUCAGCACCUCCAGCUCGUGGGAGAUGACCAGAGCGACUUGAAUCCUGGUAGUCCCAUCCUGCUGGCCCAGCUAGGGGCUGCACGACUCAGGGCCCAAGGCCUGCUGGGUAACAUGGCUGCCAUCAUGACUGCCCUGGGGCUGCCUAUCCCCCCUGAAGAGGACACUCUUGGGCUUGUCCCUUUUGGGGCUUCAGCCUUUGAAAGGAAAUGUCGAGGCUACGUAGUGACCCGGGAAUAUGGUCACUGGACAGACCGCGUUGUGAGGGACUUGGCUCUGCUCAAGGCCAAAUACCCAGCAUAG